UGUUGGUUAUCAAAACUUUUAUUACUCGAUAUUAAUUUAUGUUAAAUAAUAUGUUUGAUAGUUCAAAUGGUGUUCAAAAACCAUGAAACCGUCACUUUUGUGGUCAUAAUGUCUUGGUUUGUGAUGACAAUAGAAAUGUCGACAGUUUAUAAACAUUUUAACAUAUAUAAAACGGAAUAUUUGCCAGAUGAUAGUGUACAAUCCAUCCCUUAUAAAGUUCAUUAUAACGAUACUGAACAAUUAAAUAUGGUUGUGAAAAUUCGCAACGAGCUCCAGAAGUUAAACGGAAAUGUGUCACUGCAUUUUAAAAUCAUCACAGAUGAUGACGAAGAUACAUUCUCAAAGGAUAUUCUUCUUGUAGAAACAUAUAGUAUCAAAGGUAAACUGAAAACCAAAAAAACGAAAAUAGACAUCUUUUUGAAGAUUGGUAAAAAAAAGUAUUGUACUUGGCGAUUAUUUGAUGGAACCAGAACUAAAGGAAAAAAAUGUCAUAUGGAAUGUGGACUUAGAACUUGUACAUACAAUAAACCCUGCUUAGUUGAAAUAACACUAAGUGAUGACUGUCUUGACGACAAACGCAAAGAUCUGCUGAUAUAUACAUCAACAGAUUCAUUCCGUGAAACUUAUACGAGUAUAACUACAAAUAAAUAUUCUUUAGACGAUGACACAACAGAAAUAACAGAUAUUUCUAUGAACCACACAGAUUCAGAUAAAAGUGGAGGUCGACACAAAUAUCAUUCAAUAUCAAGGAAAGAUGCACUAGCAUAUGGUAUAGGAGGCUUCGUUGUUGUGUGUGCGGCACUACUUGUCUAUGUGUGCGUGAGACGGUAUCGCAAUAAACCUGAUGCUCAGCAAACAAUGGAAUUAAACACCUAUGCAACUACAAAUCCAGUUUUGUAUGCGGAUCUAGAGAUGGCACGAGGCGGGAAUCGAACACCGGUACGCGCAGAAGAAUCGCCUUAUGCCGAAAUUAUUGGUGUCUUAAAACCUAAGGAAAACGUGGAAACCAAUUAGAUAUAACUUUCAUAUUGUAUUUUUUUAUUAAAUAACAAUCGGCCUCUUUUUCUAUUGCACUUUGUUCUCAAAAAAAUUUCGUCUUCAUUUAUUUCUAACCGAUUUAAAAAAGGGUCUCAGUUUGAUUAUAUGGUUUUGAUCUGGGGCCUGAUUCUGCUGAUUUAAUUAUGUCAAUUGGAUAUCAAUUGAAUCUCCAUAGCAGUUUUAACCUUAGCGGGCAUUCUGCUACCAAUAUAGCACCUAUCGUUUUCCAAUGACAUUCUAUUGGACUGAACUGUCAUUGGUCUCCCAUUGGUCUAUCUAUAGGGUAGUCUGCUUUACAAUCGUAUUGCAAUUGUAAAUCAAUUGUGGACGUUAGCGGUAUUCCACUCUUAUUCCAUUGAAGUAUGAUUGAAAUACUCUCACACACGGUCGGUUAGCCCCAUGGUAAGCUGUCUUAGUGGAUAAUAAAAAAAAUACUGAUGAUGCAAAUAAUUAUGUAUGUUCUGUUAUUAAAUUGAUUCUGAACCACCAGUUUUUUGGCGCUCUGCUUAAAAUGUAAUCGUGUUUAGAAGAAGUUUGCAAAUAUACUAAAUCACAUGAA